GCAACAGACAGAAUAGCUCGAGUUUCACUGUCCUCUUUACAUUCUCGAGUAAAGCGCCAUUUGACCUAAAGGAAAAUGUCCUUAGAGCGUAAGUCGGAGGAGGAGUAUAAUUCACCCAGCGACGAAGCCCUGGAAGAAGUAAAUAAACACAUUAAAGAGGCUUUUAGUAUUCUGAAGAAAGAGACGAACAAAGUCCGCAAGGAGAAGGAAGCUUUUGACGAGGUGGCGAAGAAGCUUGAGCACAUCCACUUCUCAAAGAUGCUUAAACUUAAUGUCGGCGGCCACCGUUUCGACACCAGUUUGGAGACCAUGAGUAAAGAUCCAGGAUCGAUGCUGCACGCCAUGUUUUCUGGAAGAUUUGACACAAAACCCGGCGAAGAUGGAUCUUACUUCAUCGAUCGAGAUGGAACCCACUUCCGACAUAUCUUAAAUUAUCUUCGCACUGGAAAACUUAUGCUUCCGGAUGACAAAAUUGUGCGCAACGAAUUGCUAACCGAAGCCGAGUUUUAUCAAAUCGAGGGUAUAAUUGAAGAGAUGAGGGCAAGACCAUUCAAGGAUUCUAUGAUCCUUACAUCAGAACAACGCGAACAACUGAUCGACUUGCUGAAGGAAACGCUCGAAAGCGCAAGCGACGACUACGUUCUGUUAUACCGCGCUUCCAGGAAUGGUUGGACGGCUGCCAACUUUCACUCUUCUUGUGACGGCAAGGGACCCACGGUGACAGUGAUCAAGAGAGAUAAUUACAUAUUUGGAGGAUAUACUGAGGAACAGUGGGAUCCACCUGCUGGUGGAGCCAACUACAAAAAAGCUCACAAAGCGUUCCUGUUCAGCCUUGUCAACCCAAACGGUUUACCAGCUUCAAAGCUACCGCUGAUGCCUGGAAAAGAGGGGAAUGCAAUCUACUGCCACAGUGAUUAUGGGCCCACAUUUGGAGCUGGCCAUGAUCUUCGUAUUGUAAAUGCACCAAAUGCCAAAAACUGCUCUGUCAUCGUGUAUAACUCGUACCAGUGCCCAACCGGUCAGAAUGCUACCACAUUCCUUCAAGGAAACCAAGAUUUCACCAUCGGUGAAAUGGAAGUUUUUGGCUUUGAGAAGUAAUAUAGAAGCAUCCAUAAUUCUGUAAUUGGUGCAAUCGAUACUGUUUUUCAGGCGAUCGCGUUUUUUCAUGUGCUUUUCCGUUCAUAAAAUACUCGAUUGGUUUGUCAUUUUAGAAUAGGGUUAAAUUGUUUUCGAGAAAGGCAGAAUUCUUAAAAUAAACUUUUUUGAAACUUG